AUGACGGGGUUUCCUGCUUGGCCCUCCUUCGUGAUGCCUCCUGAUAUGAUACCACCGGCUAUUAUGAAGGCGAAAAAGAAGACUACUAACACUUGUGUCAUAUUCAUACCUGAUGGAGACUUCAAUUGGAUGAACGAGAAGAGCUUGGAGCAUCUAACGCCUGCCAAGCUCGAUACCUACUUAUCAAAGGUGCCAAAGGACAAGCUCAAAACCAAAGCCAAGAAGAAGACUGGGCGUACUAACAACGUUGCUGAAGCGUACAUUGCAGCGAAGGGUUUAGAAUUCGACGCGUUUAUGGAAGAACUUGCUGCGCAAAAUAAAGGGGUCGAUAAUGAUGAGGAUGAGGAAGAAGGGUCUGAUGGAGAGGAGGAAGUCGAUGAGAAUAAUGAGGGCAAUAAUGAUCAGGAAGACGAGGGAGAAGAAGCGGGUGAAGAGGACGAAUCUCAAAUUCUGGAUUCCGAUACCAAGGCCUCAACAAGGUCACGAAGACGAGGAGGGUUGCGAAGUACUCGUAACGGCAAUGGCAAUGCACAAAGCGCCCUGGAAACAGACGCUAUCGAGGAUGAGAAGGAGUCGGAGGAAGAUACUGAGUCCAUAAGGUCUCGAAAACGAACUCGUGGUAAUUCGAGCAAGGGUCCCAACAAACGUAUCGUUUCAAACUCCUCAGUCACAGACGAGACUAAUGGAAGCGGCGCUGGGAGCACCCGUGAUGGACGUUCAGCAUCUCCAAAACCAUUGUCGGAGAAGGAUCGACAGCAUCAGUUGUGGUUGUGCCGGAUCAAGCUACAACGAUCACUCAUUCAAAGAAACCAGCCAGUCACUCCUAAGGACCCCAAACAGUUCCCACCUCCUACAGUCGAUGAAUUGCUGGUAGCCAGAUUGAUCUUGCAUCGACUUGCGGAUUUCCCAAUGAACGUAGAACUCUUGAGGGAAACCAAGAUCCACAAGGUUCUCAAGUGCAUUCUCAAAGAUGAGGACCUUGCGUAUAAUGACAGCUUCAAAUUGCACGAGAAGUGCAAUGAGCUCUUAGAAAAGUGGAAUGAGUACAUCGAGAGCCUCAAGCUCGAGAAACAGGCUAAGCUAGAAUCACGUCUCAGCAGCCAGGCUCCUGAGGAGCCUGACGAAGCGGCAUCCGGGAAAGAAAAGCUGUGA